CCGGAUCCGAGCAUGCAAUGGGCCAAAGGAGAGGGAGGGAGAAAGAGUGGGGGGAGAAAAGGAAAAAGAAAAACCGCCGCCACCACCACCACCCUGCGAACCAAAGCCUGCAACAACAAACCAAGCAAAACCGGUGCAGCAAGGCUCUACGAACACGCCUCCUCUCCCGGUUUUGGUGAAGAGGAGGAGGAGGGAGAGGGAAGGCAAAGGAAGGAGGAGAGGAAAAUAACAGUUCCCGACGCGGCUUCCCCGCUUCUCGCACAGCUAAGGGUCCCCCUCCGGCCGCGGCAGCAGCGGCGGCGGCAGCCCCCAGCACCCCCCCGCCGGCCCCUCGCAGCCCCGCGUCCCGCACAUCUGUCUCCGCAGCAAGGGGCCCCGCCGGCCUCUCCGCGGCCCGGACUGCGGGGACCGCCGCCGCCGUGCGCCUCCCGCGGCAGCCCGCUCACUCGCCGAUCCGACCCGCGCCGUGCCGCCGGCCGCACCUCCAGAGGCGGGCAGCCCGCCCGGCCCCUCUCCCUCCGCCUCCCGGCAGCCCCCACCUGCCGGCCCGGCCCCGCCGCCGCCGCCGCCCCCCGCUCCGCCCCGCGGUGCCGGGCGGCCGCACCUGCUCCCGCAGCGCCGCGCCGCCGGCCCGGCUCGGCCCCCUCCAGGGACCCGCCGCCGCCGGGGGCGGGACGGCGCCGCGGGGCGGGGAGGAAGGGAGGUGCGGGGCCGGGCUCCGCGCCGCCCCGCGGCCGCGCUCGACCGGCGGGCAGCGCAGCUACAGCUGGCGGGGCUGGAGGCACCGCGGCGGGAGCAGCCAGUGGGGACCGAGGAGGGGAGGCCGGAGCGAGGACAGACCUGCCGGGAAGAACCCGCAGUUGAAGGGAGCAUUUGUGAGAUCCGGAGCGAUGUGAGGUGUACCUGUGUUGCUUCAGUCAGCCUGUAGAAUCAGUACCCACUUAAAAAAAUUAAAUCAUAUCAACACCUUGUGUUGAUUGUAAAACAGA